AUGGAGGAACCCUCUAUACAACAUGAUAUUGAAGACUUGUAUUCGAACCAAAAUGAAAUUAUAAUCCGUAAUUCGCAUUACCAUCCUAUCAAGAAAUGUCGGGAGAAUAAUUCCCAAAGAUUCGUGACAAACCUAUUUGGCAUUGUUAAAGCAUUCACACCCAAAAAACAAAGUCUUAGAGGGACAUGUGACUGGGUAGUGACAGUAGAGCUUUGGGAUCCUAGUUGUCAUCCCGAUGGCGAAGGUUUACGCAUACACUUGUUCAGUAAAACUGAGUACGAUCUCCCAGAAAUCACCGAAGAAGGACAGAUUCUUUUGCUGCAACACAUAACAAUUCGACCAUACAGAGACAGCAAGCAGGGACUAUCUAAGACCGACUUCACUUUCCAAUUAUGGAAUAGAAAUUUAGGGAAUUCGGCGAGUAAUACCUUCCGUUUGUUUCAUGUAAGUACUGAGGAAGUUGAAGUCGCGAAACUACUAAAAAUCUGCUGGCAAAAACACUUUGAGGCAGGGAUUACAGGGAAUGGAACUCAUCCUACUUUUAUCCAGCUUCCUUCUCAUAAUGAACGUGAAGUUGGUAACAAUCAGGAGAUCAAAGUUGUUACUCUUUCCAAAAUUCGCCCUUCCCAGCGAUUUACUUUCUACGGCCAGGUCAUUAAAACAUGGUAUACCCAAAAAAACUUUACCUUGUUCGUCACUGAUUUUUCCGAAAAUGAAAAUUUUUAUCCAGUUACUCGCGAGACCGCUCCUCAUAUGCGAUGGAAAGGUCCUCAGGGACGCUAUUCUUUAAGGUGUAUUCUUUGGGAUGAGCAUGAUUUUUACUGUCGUAAUUACGUUCAAGAAGGGGACUACGUUUUCAUUAAGAAUGCCCGGGCCAAGCUUGAUCGAUUUGGUCAACUAGAAUGUGUAAUGCAUGGCGAUCCUGGCCAGAAAUAUAAAAGCAGCAUUGAAAAAGUCGAUCCUAGUGUUUCUGAAUUGAAUAGCUUAAAGGAAAGAAAAAGAAGUUACGUAAAGAGUCAGGAAGUGUCCGAAGGCCCCGCUAAUUCUGUAAAUGAUCAAGUCAAUCCUUUCAUUACGCGAGAAACCAACUAUCCUGAAGCCGCUGAUAUAACUGCUCACGUCUAUAAUGAUACAGUAGAAAUUCCAAUGACUACUAUAUCGACCCUUUUGCAUUCUCCUCUUACUUCCGUUACAACACCUCGAAAGCAUCGGCUCAGAGUGCAAGUUGUGGAUUUUUGGCCUAGGGAUUUGACUAAUUUUUGUAUCCCUAUAUCAAAUUCUAGUAUUACAGAAUACAGAUGGAUGUUUGUCUUUCUUGUUAGAGAUGCUUCAAAAACAACCCUGCCGAUCAUUUUUUAUAGCGAAGAUGCUCAAACUCUCUUUAAUAGCUCUACUAUUUAUCCCUGCAAUUUAAAUAUUGAAAAACAAGUUUUACUUAGAAUUCGGGAAAGAUUAUUUUUAAUUUGGGGAAAUUUGGAAGAGCGAGUAAGCAAACUUUUAUCCAGGGGCAUUUCAAGUGAUCAAAUUCCUAAAGAAAUUGAUGAAACUCCAUGGUUUGAUAUAUUUGUCAUGGAGUACAUACCUUUCAAUAAUGCUGACUCACAGCCAAAAUCAUUUCUGUCAAAAAGAUGGAGAGCUUUUGGAACAAGAAUAAUAUAA